AUGCACAAGUCCCCCCCAAGCUCCACCCGCCCAUCACCACCACAAACCAUGGUAUCUGCCGCCAAUCCCUUUGCCGCCGCCGCCCAGCCAGCCCUUCGCCCGCCCGCUCUUCUUGCUGCACCCAAUCUGCCUCCCAUGGACUCCAGGCUGCCCAAGUAUCCAUCCACUUCCUACCGCCAUUCGGCUUCGCCCAGCACGGCCUCGACGGGCAUAUCCGAAGUCCAACACCACGAUGGCAACGGCCUGGCCAUGUCCCCAACCCAGGUCUCAUCGACCAAUCUGAACGCGCAAAAGAGAGCCUACAGACAGCGAAGGAAAGACCCCUCGUGCGAUGCGUGUCGGGAACGCAAAGUAAAGGUAAGCUUGGAAUCCACAAGGAGACGGCAAUGA